UAUAAACCUUAGCCAUUUGCUUUAUUCUUCAACAUCACUAACCAGUACCAAAACAAUUUCUAUUAUAUUAUUUAUUUUCUACAUUAAUUUCAAUUGCAAGAUGGAUGCAUCUCAGAAAGCCAGUUACCAUGCAGGAGAGGCUAAGGGCCAAACUCAGGAGAAAGCUAGCCAGAUGAUGGACAAAGCUAGAGAUACUGUCCAAUCUGCUCAGCAAUCCAUGCAGGAGACUGGACAGCAGAUGAAGGCUAAGGCACAAGGAGCUGCUGAUGCCGUGAAAGAUACUGUUGGAGCAAACAAGUGAAUUAUGGGAGAAAUUUAGUUCUAAUUAAUUUAAAUUUCAUAUAAUGUUGGUUAUCAUAUAUAUAUCCAACCUGGAUUUUUAGAUUUUUUUUUUUUUUUUUUUUUUUUUUUUUUUUUUUUUGUAGUUUCUUAGUUUUCAUGUUGAGAUAAAGGCAUUAAGUUCUUUAAAUGCUAGUGCCACGGCUCUCUUCUUUCACCAUGUAGACUGAGAGAGACCACUCAAUUUAUAUCAAUAAUAUGAUUUCAUGGUUUUAAA